GGGGGGAGCGAAGGGUAGUGUGAAACUGUUUGACUGGGGUGUAGUGGUAGUAGGGUGGCGGGGAAAGGAGGGAAAUGUGUGUUUCAUGCGCCUUACUUUAGAUUUCGCUUCCCUCCCGAGCUGAAGGUGACGUCAGAGCGCGGCGGUCCGGGGGCUCUCCGAGGGAAGCGCAGCAACAGGGCGCAGAGCAGCAUGUCUGUGAGCGCACGAGCCCGGCGUGCGGGCGGCCAGAUCCAGCAGAUCCAGCCCCCGAGUGCUGCGCCGCAACGCGGAAAGCGCUGAGACCAUGCCGGGAUACGGGGCUGCCAGCGUGGAGAGAGCAUAGCGCCGCCCAGAGGUGAACCACAGCCCGAGUGACAACGCAAACCACGAAGCCUAUCGGAGGCGAGCCGAGAGAAGUACUUCCAUACUGUCUUCGGAGGCAGGAGGCGAGAACUGCAGCAUGUUACGGAGGAGGCUCCGCCGGCUGUUCGGUGGAGAUGAGAGGAGAGUGGGCAGCAGGACGAUCUGCGUGGGGCGCAGGUCGCUUCUCACACCGGAAGCCUUUCUCCAGCAAGCCUUCUGUGACAACCGCAUCGUGUCCUCUAAGUACACUGUUUGGAACUUUCUUCCCAAGAACCUUUUCGAACAGUUCAGAAGAAUUGCCAACUUUUACUUCCUUAUUAUAUUUUUGGUGCAGGUAAUAGUGGACACGCCCACCAGCCCUGUUACCAGUGGCUUGCCCUUGUUUUUUGUGAUCACAGUGACUGCCAUCAAACAGGGGUACGAGGACUGGCUCCGUCACAAGGCUGACAAUGAAGUGAAUAAAUACCUGGUUACAAUAGUAGAGGAUGGCCAGAGCGUACGCAAGGAGAGCGAGAAGAUCAAGGUCGGUGACAUUGUUGAGGUACUCGAGGAGGAGACCUUCCCCUGUGACCUCAUCCUGUUGCAGUCCAGCCGCGAUGAUGACACCUGCUUUGUCACCACGGCCAGCCUGGACGGGGAGUCCAAUCACAAGACACACUAUACGGUGCCUGAUACAGAGAAGGAGGUGGAAUUGUUGAAUGCGACCAUUGAAUGCGAACAACCGCAACCUGACCUCUACAAGUUUGUAGGCCGCAUGCAAAUCCACAAGGACGGCCAGGACGCUAUGCGGUCCCUGGGCCCAGAAAACUUGCUAUUAAAAGGAGCUACCCUGAAAAACACAAAGAAGAUAUAUGGGGUGGCUGUUUACACUGGGAUGGAGACUAAGAUGGCCCUGAAUUACCAGGGUAAAUCGCAGAAACGCUCUGCUGUGGAGAAGUCGAUCAACGCCUUCCUCAUCGUAUACCUGUUCCUGCUUGUCAGCAAGGCCCUGGUGUGCACCACUCUGAAGUACGUAUGGCAGAGCCGGCCUGGCCAGGAUGAACCCUGGUACAACCCCAAAACCGUGAAGGAGAGAGAGUCCAACCUGUAUCUGAAGAUGUUCACCGACUUCCUCUCCUUUAUGGUGCUGUUCAACUUCAUCAUCCCCGUGUCCAUGUACGUCACCGUGGAAAUGCAAAAGUUCCUGGGCUCCUUCUUUAUCACCUGGGACAAGGACUUCUUUGACGCCGAGAUCCAGGAAGGGGCCCUGGUCAACACCUCAGACCUGAACGAAGAGCUGGGGCAGGUGGAGUAUGUUUUCACGGAUAAAACGGGCACGUUGACUCAGAACAACAUGGAGUUCAUCGAAUGCUGCAUCGAUGGCUUUCAGUACAAGUACCGCGAGUCACAGGCUGAGCUGGACGGGUUCUCUGUAACCGAUGGGCCCAUCUACAAGGUCCAGGAAAAAGCAGGCCGGGAGAUGGAGGAUCUAUUUCUGCGAGCACUGUGCCUCUGCCACACCGUGCAGGUAAAGGAAAACCAGCUGGACGAGGUGGACGGAGACCAGAUCGACUCCAUCUCAGGGGGUCAGUGCGGCUUCAUCGCCUCCUCGCCGGAUGAGGUGGCCCUGGUGAAAGGAGCGAUGAAGUAUGGCUUCACCUUCUUGGGUUCGGAAUGUAAAAACAUGAAAAUCUUGAACAGGGACAAUGACGUCGAAGUGUACGAGCUUUUGCACGUGUUGAACUUCGAUCCUGUGCGCCGCCGCAUGAGUGUGAUCGUAAAAUCCAAAGCUGGGGAGACCCUCCUCUUUUGCAAGGGGGCUGACUCCUCCAUCUUCCCUCGUGUGAGAAGGGAAGAGGUGGACAGGAUACAGGUGCACGUUCAGAGAAAUGCAAAGGAGGGUUACCGGACCCUGUGUGUGGCCUACAAGCAGCUGAGCAGAGAGGAGUACGUACAGGUCGACGCCAGCCUCAGAGAAGCUCGUCUGGCCCUCGAGGACCGGGAGGAAAAGCUGGCCGCGGCAUAUAACCGGGUGGAGACUGGAAUGACCCUGAUCGGAGCCACGGCAGUGGAGGACAGGCUGCAGGAACAGGCUGCCGAGACCAUGGAAGCUCUGCAGAGCGCGGGCAUGAAGGUGUGGGUGCUGACGGGGGACAAGAUGGAGACCGCCAAAUCCACAUGCUACGCCAGCCGCCUCUUCCAGCAGGGCACCGAGCUGCUGGAGCUGACAGUGCGCACCCUAGAGGAAGGCGGGCAGCCGCGUGAGGAACGUUUGCUGCAGCUUUUGGUGGAAUACCAGAGGAAGACGCAGUACCGUCCCCUCGGCAAGGGAGUGAACCACAGAAGCUGGUCCUCGGCGGGGCAGGACUUUGGCCUCAUCGUGGAUGGUGCCACGCUCUCCCUGGUGCUCAACGCCUCCCCCGAGACUGACAGCAGUCGCUAUAAGAGUCUCUUUCUGACCAUCUGUCAGAGCUGCACCUCUGUGCUCUGCUGCCGUAUGGCCCCCCUGCAGAAGGCUCAGAUUGUGAGGAUGGUGAAAAAUUCCAAGGGAAAUCCCAUCACGCUGUCAGUGGGCGAUGGGGCCAACGACGUCAGCAUGAUUCUGGAGGCGCACGUGGGCAUUGGAAUUAAGGGAAAAGAGGGGCGUCAGGCCGUCCGGAACAGUGACUACGCCAUUCCUAAGCUUAAGCACCUCAAGAAACUGCUGCUGGCCCACGGACACCUGUACUAUGUCCGAAUCGCCCAUCUGGUACAAUACUUCUUCUACAAGAAUCUUUGCUUCAUUUUACCUCAGUUUUUGUACCAGUUCUACUGUGGAUAUUCCCAACAGCCCCUCUACGACGCAGCCUAUUUGACGAUGUACAACAUCUGCUUCACCUCUAUGCCCAUCCUGGCCUACAGCCUCUUCGAGCAGCAUAUCUGCACCGAGAUCCUGCUUGAUAGCCCCACACUUUAUAGGGAGACGGCUAAAAACGCCCUGCUGCGUUGGGGCCCCUUUUCCUACUGGACCUUGCUCGGGAUCUUCCACGGCCUGCUCUUCUUCUUCGGGACCUUCUUUCUCUUCAGCAACCCUGCCCUGCAUUCCACUGGCCAGGUCUUCGGAAAUUGGGCCUUUGGCACAGUUGUGUUUACGGUCCUGGUCUUCACUGUCACACUAAAGCUGGCCCUGGACACGCGACACUGGACCUGGAUAAACCACUUUGUCAUCUGGGGCUCCCUGGCCUUCUAUAUAGUCUUCAGUUUCUUCUGGGGUGGUAUCAUAUGGCCCUUCCUGGAGCAGCAGCGGCUCUACUUCGUGUUCGCCAACAUGCUGAGCUCCGUGUCGGCCUGGCUGGCCAUCGUCCUCCUCAUCCUCCUCAGUCUGCUGCCUGAAGUUCUGCUGCUGGUGCUGAGACGACCACGGGGUCCUCGCGUGCGACAGAUGAGGAGACGCCUCCCUUCCUCUGGGACGUCUGCCAUCUUCAUGCUGUCCCAGACCUCCAGCAGUCACAGCUUCUCCUGGAGUGACUGAGGUCUCUUUUGUAGAUUUCUCUUGUCUUUUUACACCCCCCGGUUUGCAUUAUUGUCGUCUGUUUAUUUGUUAUGACUGGCUUGAUUCUUCCUGCAUGCGAUGGCUUGUGUACUGUUCAGCCGCCUCAGUUCCCAGCCGUGACCAUGUGUAUUUGUUUUUUUCCCCGAUAUUUUGAGUCCAUGGGCUUUUGUCUGACAUCAGGAAGCUCACCUUUGUACCUCCCCGCAGUUGUUGUGUCUUUGAAACUGGCCUCUCUUUGUUUUUAGUUUUUUUGUUUUGUCUAGUUUGAGCUCUGGUAUCCGGUGGCUGUAGAGCAGUCUGUGAGUCGUGUGCCUGCAGUAGUUCACUCCAUUAGUCAUUCUUACUAUCGCAUUCUCUGCCCGCGAUCUGGUGCCUGCUGCCACUGCUUAGCCGUCCACCAGCAUAUAACUGGAUUUCACCGUGACGACUGCAUGCCGUUCAGCGCCGCACCGAAUUGCACGUGAUGCGUGUGUGUUUUUACAGAAGCUGUAUGUCAGCCUGCCGCUUGACAAAUGUUUUACAGACUUGUUUUGGUGUUUUUGUGUCAUUUUACAGUUUAAAUUUAACAGCAGUGAAGGGGCAGAUAUUCACUUGAGAGGUCAUAUUACAUAUGCACCAAAUUAAGAUAUUCUCGUGGGUGUGUGUAUGGGGGGGGGGUGUUUGUGGUGCGUGUGUGUGUGUGGGUGGGUGGGUGAGUGUGUUGGAAUCACUAGCCCCCCCCUUUGUGACUAGACCACCUAGUAUCCCUUGAUCAGUGCACAUAUAUGUGUGUGUGUGGGUCAGAUAUUCAUUACAUUGUAAUUGAUAAAAACCUUUUAUUUUGACAUUCAAUUUUAUAAAAACCUGUGACCGCAAUCAAAAAACUAAAAAUGCAAAAAAUCUUGUAUUUUGUUUGGUUGCUUAUGGUAUAGGUGUGGGCUGGGUCGGGGUUAAGGUUGAUGUGUGUGUGUGUGUGUGUGUGUGUGUGUGUGUGUGUGUGUGUGUGUGUGUGUGUGUGUGUGUGUGUGUCUCCCUGCACUACCGGCCAAUCCUCAGAGCAGGCUGCCAUAAGUGUGUCUCACCCUUUCAGAAGAAGCCCACUCUGUGUCCGCAGCCUGCAGGGAGGCCUCUCCUCUUGAGACCCAUUUCAGACAGGCCCAGUUCUGUCCGUUGAUCAGGUACCACACCACAGCAGAGUCUAAAAAGCUGUGGCUCUUAUUACAGUUAAAACACACCUUCUCUUUGCACUGUUUGGGGCACGAAUUUCCACCCCUUCCUCAGGGGACAAGAACCCCACCGUCGCCAAUACCCAUAAAUCCCUCCACACGCAUGUCACAAGGGUCUGAUCGGAAGAAGGGGACUGCACGUGUGCAGCCGAGUCUCUCGUGCUGUAAGGAGAGCCUAAGUACAGCAGGGUUCACGGGGUUUUCCAGGGAUUCCACAAGCCAUGGAAUUUCUGGAAUAUCAUGUAAUUUUAAUAAGUAUAUUUCAGAAAUGGAAAGUCAGGGAAUUUUAAUCUCUUUUUUUUUGGCCAAGUCAUGGACUAUCAGGGAAUUUUAUUCGUAGCGUGUUUUAGUUGCUACAUGCAGAUUAGCAUAUGAAGGUCAAAAUCCACGGUAAUUUCUUGUCGUAGCGGCGCAAAUGCACUUAACUGAGUACGUAUCUGUGCUGAUACAACAAGGGAUUGCUGCACGCAUCGCUUUAUAUGGCAAAUGCGUGUCUGCAUACCAGGUGUGUGCAUCCAUAGUUAUAAGUCAUGGAAACUGAGCUUUUUAGUCAGUGAAAGUCAGGGAACUGCGGAUCUCAAAAGCUAAAUAGCAGCAGCAGGGUCAGUUAUAGUACACUCAGUAGUUUUUUGUUAAUCAAAUUAGUUUAUUAUUGCAAGAAAUGUGCAUCCUCCCUAAUUAUUAUUAUUAUAAUUAUUAUACUUGAACAUGUUGUAUUAAUUGGAUAAUAGUUCAGGUAAUAAAUCAACUGCAGAAAAAUGAAAUGUUUCAGUACUGGUGUAAAACCUGUUACACAUCAGGUGCACCACGGUCCAGGGUGCCCAUGACUGGUACGCAAGUACACAUUGACCUUUAAAAGACAUAAGUGCGGCAGUCUGUUGUCAUAACUCGUACUUCAUUUGCGGCAUACAGGUUAAAAUGCACUGUAAUUUCUCAUCAUUGCAGCACAAAUGCACAUAAAGCACGUUACGCGUUUGCGCUGUUAGAACAAUCGGAUCUCACACGUAUCGCUUUCAAAGGUGAAUGCGUACUUGCGUACCAGUUAUGCGCAUCCCUGACCAUGAUAUGAAACGUGAGACUAAGGCUGCACACUUUCCCAUGAUUCCCAGCUCUUGUUGUCACAUGUUAAUGAAGCCCAGCCUUGAGGUGUCUCUUUGCCUCCAUACACAUGCCUUAUAACCUGUAUAUGUUGUUUGUUGGUGUGGGGUUUUCCUUUCGACUGCAUUCAGCUUAUAUUGUGCUUAAUAUUUAAAGUGAAGCUCUUUUUUUGGUGGUUGUGGUUUUUGGUAAUGGUAGGGUGUAGACUCCUAUCAAUAGUGUGUUGUUUUGGUGGAGGUGAGUGGUGUGAGGGUUGUGUCCCUGCAUUCUUGACGGAGUGCGACUUUGCUCAUUGCACGACUCAUCGCGCAUCGGUUUGUCCGAGAAACGCCGCCGACUUAACACCGUCCGUCCAGCUGUUCGGGUUGAGUGUCGGCGUCCGUCUUUGGGGACGGCGGAAAUCGGUAAAGGUGCACUGUAGCCGGUCCGCCGGCGUGAGAUGUGUCAUCAUUAAACUUCCGAUUUUGUUCCCCCCACCAGCCAUCUGAAGACUCCCUGCUACAUGUAUAAACAUGAACCAAGGUAAAGAACAAAGAAGGGAAAUGAGACAUGAAAUGAACCCCUGAACAUGAAUCUCACGCGUGAUUCCUCUGGUGUUUGUCAUGCUGAUUUGGGGAAUGCAGAUUGGCUUUGCUGGGUGUCUGUGUCUGUGCCGUUUGAAAAUCAUUCUAAUUGUUUGUUUCUUUACAUUUUUUUUUUUUUUUUUUUGAAAAAUUAUUUUCAUUUUGGGUGAUUUUUUCUGCUGAGGAUGCCAGUUCACUUCUCUCCCUCCCUGUGAUUUGCGACGUGCUUUGCAGGGUGGCUGUAGCUCUGUCCCUCAUGUCUGCUCACCUGUCCACAGAUUGCUGCUGUUGUACCUCUGUCAUACAAGCACCUGAGGGAGCAGGAGUAAGGAGCCCCAGCUAAGUGGCCUCCUCUCCAGCUGACCGACGCCUCCUCAGAGCCUCGUCACUGACUGCCUGCCUGCCUGCAUCCGCACCCCCCCAAGGACACUGUGCCCCCUCAUUGCACUGUUCCCUUGGCUCACGCACUCUUCACCUUGUCAAGCUUUGCCAAACACAUUCUCUCUCUCACACACACACAUAUAUACAGUUAGUCAGAAGUUUACAUACGCUUAGGUUGAAGUCAUUAAAACUCAUUUUUUAACCACUCUGCAGAUUUCAUGGUUGCAAACUAUAGUUUUGGCGAGUCACUUUAUGUCGUACACAAGUUUUUUUUCUAACAAUUGUUAAGACAGUUUAUGUCGCUUUUAAUUUCACAAUUCCAGUGGGUCCGAAAUUUCAUGCACUUUGUCAGUAUUUGGCAGCACUGCCGUUAAAUACGUUAAAUAUUCGUUUUACGUUAUCCUUCCACAAGCUUCUUAAACAAAGGUGCUGGAAUUUCGGCCCAUUCUUCCAGACGAACUGGUGUAACUGAGUCUGGUAACUGGUUUGUAGGCCUCCUUGCUCACACACGUUUCAGUUCUGUCCACAGAUAUGCUGUUGGUGGGACGGUCCUCGAACCUUUUAGCCAUGAUUUUCAAAAUUUGCUUGGGGUCAUUGUCCAUUGGCAAGACCCCUUUGCGACCGAGCUUUGAAUUCCGGGCUGAUGUCUUGAGAAGUUGCUUCAGUGUAUCUACAUAACCUCAUGAAUUGUGUAUUUCGUGAAAUGCACCGCUCCCUCCUCCAACAGAACACCCCCAACAACAUGAUACCGUCACCCCUGUGCAUCACAGCUGGGAUGAUUUUGAAAUUACUGUGAUGUGUAGAAAAGAGGCAUUGAGUUUGAAGGUAGGCCAUACAUCCUGUUUAAGGUAGGCCUUAACAUACAGCCAGUUGCAGGUAGGCCCUAACAUACAUCCAGGUCAAUGUAGGCCUUAACAUACAACCAGUUGAAGGUAGGCCGUAACAUACAUCCAGGCGAAUGUAGGCCUUAACAUACAACCAGCUGAAUGUAUUCCUUAACAUACAUCCAGUUACACCUCCAGAUAACUCAAAUGAUGUCAGUUAGCCUAUCAGAAGCUUCUAAAGCCCAUGAAAUUCUCUGGAAUUUUACAAGCUCAAAGGUGCAUUCAGCUUAGCGCAUGUAAACUUCUGACCCACUGGAAUUAUAACGUAGUGAAUUAAAAGCGAAAUUUUCUGCAAAUUGACAUGCGCAAAGCAGAUGUCCUAACCGACUUGCGAAAACUAUGGUUUGCUAGCAUGUAAUCUGUGGAGUGGUUAAAAAAAUGAGAUUAAAUCACUUCAGCCUUAGCAUAUGUAAACUUUCACACUUCAACUCUGUGUGUCCAACUAUAUAUAUAUAUAAUACAAACACACACACAUAUUUUUUUUAUCCCAGAAGAAAUUGUUUUAUACACUGUAAAUAUAUAAAUAACUCUAGUUCCAAGGUGAGAGAGUUACUCUCUGGAAUGUGCCUUUUGGUAUUUUUGUUACUGUUUUUUAUGCAAUUGAGGCUGUCUAGGCUGCCCGUACAGUGGCUGCCUGCUGCGGCGUUUACACACAGCCCUGUCGCCUGUCUGAAAGGGGAGCCCUUGCUGUUGGGGAAAUGAAAGAACAGAAAGGUUACAGGUUUUCAGGGCCAAACUCAUUAGCAGGGCCACCUUUGAGAAUGUUUUUUUGUUUUUUUGUUUUUUUGAGAGGAGACAACAGUGCCACCCAAUGGCCAGAGGGCACCGCUGCAAUCACAAAGACUCCGUAAUCCUCCGACUGCAGCUCUCCCCGUGUCCCUUUGCCCUGCGGAAACCGCUGCUUCUCGAGCUGCAUGUUGUAAGUGCAUGCCGGACAGAAUCAAAAGGCAUGAAAUGACCGGGAAAGGAAAGAGCUUGGAACAUGGAAGAAGUAACGUGUGACCUGGAAAAAGUAAAAAGGAAAAAAAAAAGUAAAACAUCCAUUGUUCACUCAAGUACUGAUUUCAGGAUUUCAGAGCAGAUUCCCUGCAACAUCAGUUAACGUUGCGAUUCCCUUUGUUGUGGUUCAAUGUUUGUAUAUAAAGUUAAUGUAUCAUUCCAUUUAGGCAAGCAGUGAUUAUGAGAAUAUCUAGAUAUCUAUGUUUAUUUAUUCUGGGUGCCAAAAAUAUCCUUCAGAGCAGCCUACUUAUAAAUGUUUGAAUUGUCCAAAGUGCUGAGUACUCUGUGGAUCAGAGUCAAUGUGAAUUCAUACCGCAGGUGAAAUCACAAGUUAAUCACUGUAACCUAUUUGUGUCUGGACAGCCAGUCUGCCCCCUGCAGUCCAUAUGUGUCAUGUGUUACAACUGCAACAUUCUUCGUAAAACGGCUGCAUAUGUUUCCACUACAUUGACCUAAGUGCACAAUCUCAGAAGCUCCCUCAACUUUAUUCUGAACAGCCAUAUGACUCAAGUGCUACGUCUUCUGGUAAAUGUCCAUUUCAGUUCGACCCUGACUAAAGGCCACUGUGAACUUGGUUACUAACACAUCAUUCCGCUUCUUGCCAGAGUUUCCUUGCCCUUGAUCUCUCUUGAAUACUCCUGCAUUCUCUGGGAUGAUGACUCGCGCUAUUUUGUCUAUAAUCCGGCGUUAAGUGCUUCAUACAUUCCAUUUCUACAUGUCAUCGGAAUCCCGUUUAGAUACUGUGGAAUGCAUUUCGAUUUUUAAAACUUGUAAUUCUCUUUGAGAUGUUUAUUGUAAUGUGAUACUUUACCUGCAAAUGUUAUAUUUUUACUACGUUUUUAACGAUGAGAAUGAUUCUUGAGCAUUUGCCAGUUUCGAUGAGUCUGCCUGGAACGGGCCGAUCGUUUCCUCUCCCUUUCCUCCUGUGACCCGUAGCCUCUAGGCUCCCUGACUGGGCCAAAGUCCUGAGCGUUUAUGCCCAAAGUCUUCAGUCCAUUGACUAGUGAUGUAAGCAGACUAGCGAUGUUAUUUGCGUGUGUUGUGACAACAAGGUAUGGACUUUGCACUCCAGUUAAAUUGCACUUGCAGUCACCAGCAGUUUUCAGGGUGAUUUGCCUGUUCCUGGUCACAUGACCUAGGUGGCAUCCCUGUAUGUGGAGGGGAGGGGGGGGGCACUGGGCAUAUAGGCUACCUGCUUUAUUAAAAAUAAAAUAUUAACAUUUUAAGUAACAUUAUGGAUGCUGUUUUCAGUGGUUCAACUUCUUUAGUCCUUUCGUGUGCUUGACUACGAUGCCAGUUACGUUGUGUUGCAAUGCAAGGUUUUAUCAGCAACGUUUUGUAUAGAAAUGAAUAUGGUGAGGUGGCAUUAAUUCCCUCUAACAGGUGCGAGCACAGCUGAGCCAGCCAUGGCCCCCCGUGCCUCUUCCAGGGCAUUACAUUGUCCAUCUGAAUGUGAAUCCUAAAGAUUAGCCAGUUUGAGGUCUUCAUCUAAUAAAGAAUCAAUAUAAAAGUUUUGCCUGUCUUUCCCCCCUGGUGAUGUAUGUAUGCGUAGGCAAAAGGGUUGUUUUAACAUUGUCCAUAACCGGGGAAAAAAGAAGAAAAUUCCUUAUGCAAACCCACAGAAGUUUGGUCUUUUUUUGCUUUUUUUUCUAGAAAUAAACACUAGUGGCUGCAAUUUUAGAGAAACAUAGCAUUUUGGGCAUUACACUUUAACUACUACUAUACAAAUAUUGGCAGCAAUAAACAAAGAAUGUUUAUUUAUAUAAGUGUGCAAUGUAUGAUAUUUGUAAUGUUAAAGUUCUGAAGUCUCUUAAAACUUUCGGUGUUUCCACAAUUUUUAGCCACUAGAAUAUUUAAUUCGAAACUCGUAUUAAACCUGCACCACCAAAUGAAAUAACUGACUCCACAGACACAAAAUUCUCAUUUAUAGAAGUAUUUUGCAAUUGUCGUAUAAUUCAUUUAGAAUAAAGAUAUAAAUGAUGAAA